AAUACUGCAUCCCCUGUUUCCAGUUGCAUUUAUGUGGUUAAAUGUUGCUCUAUGUAAUGUAUCUAAACCACACAGCCAGCGCAGACACAUAGCACCCAACACACCGUGUCAUUACAUACUCAGAUGUCAUAGAAGGAUAUGGAAUGGAUUGUGUGCAUCCAUUACAACUGAACUGAGUCCCAGGCAUCUGCGUCCCAAAUGACACCAUAUUUCCCUUUAUAGUGCACUACUUUUGACCAUAGCCUUAUGGGUAGUCUCACUAGACAUGUAGCUGUUGCCUAGGGCCUGGUUUUCUAGACUACACUGUGGGUGCAAUUUUGGGACUGAACCCAACUCCCUAUCUAUUUAUAACCUGCCUAAUAACAUGACUCUAGAGGGAUUGGAUUUCAUACCCCGCUCUCUUUCCGUCCUUCCCUCUCUUCUCUCUUUCACUUCCUCCCUUCCUGUCUCUUUCUAGAAUCCUGGUGUGGUGUGUUGUGGGGGACACUGUCUCUUCAGGAGGAGACCCUCAGAGAGGGAGGGGAUGUCUAUGUGUGUCCGUGUAAGCAUAAUACUAUCCACCAUUUAUGACAUCAUCAGAAGGUGCCUCCAUGCCUUGGUGAGAGCAGUAGUAACACCAGAAGAAGAGAAGGGACAGUGGGCCAUGGAGGAGCUGCUGACCCCCAGACAACAGACUGCUAGGCAGAUCAAGGCCCGUUUCCUGGAGGCCCUACAGACCAACAACGUAACGGAGGUCCUGGAGAUACUGUACACCACCAACCUUGACAUCGACACUGUGCUGGAGGUGGAGGACAAACGCAUGGUCCUGGCCUCAUACAAGCAAGGUUUCUGGUUGCCAGACUACAAGCUAGAGUGUUCUUGGGCGAUGGCCCUCCACGUCUGUGUAAUGUACAACUACCUGGAGACAGCUCUGGUGCUGCUGCAGAAGGGGGCGGCGGUUAACAGGAAGCCCAAUGGGAAGACCCCGCUUCACGUGGCCUGUACGGUCGCCCACGGCGACUGUGUGGCCCUGUUAUUGGGCCACGGGGCGAGGGUCAACAGCCUGUCUCUGAGUGGACACACACCACUACACUACUGUAUAACUAAAGAGUCCGUGGACUGUGCCAAGCAACUCAUCCUUAAUGGGGGCAAUGUGAACAAGCCCAGUCAGAGCAAAGACAAGGACACACCUUUACACACAGCAGCCCGCCUGGGAAUCCCUGAGUUGGUGGCUCUCUACAUCUCCCACGGGGCCCAGGUGGACGCGGUCAACUCCCUCCAGGAGACGCCCCUGAUCACUGCAGCCUUCUGGGCCCUGGACAUCCGUGAACAGACCUACAGCGAGGACCACCACCUGGUCUGCCGCAUUCUGCUGGACCACGGCGCAGACCCUAACCUGUAUGAAGACGACUAUAAGACAGCCCUGCACAAGGCCUCCUGGAACUGUGACCACGUGCUGAUGCAGAUGCUGCUGGAGGCGGGGGCGGACACUACGACCAUGGACAUCAACGGCUGUGAACCCAUCCAGUACGUCCUGAAGGUCACCUCCGUCAGGCCCAUGGCCAUCCCUGAGCUCUGUUACCAGCUGCUGCUCAACUUUGGAGCUCCACGGGUCUACCCGCCGCAGUUCCACAAGGUGUUGCAGGCCUGCCAUGAGUGUCCCAAUGCAGUGGAAGUCAUGAUGAACUCAUAUGAGCGGAUCAAACCCACCAACAAGUGGAGAUCAUCCAUUUCUGAAGCCUCCUACAAGCAACAUGAGGAAUUCUAUGAGUCCAUGUUUGCUGUGUGCUCCAACACUCCUCGUUGUCUGAUGCACCUGGCCCGGUGUGCUGUCAGGAGGGCUAUGGAGAACCGCUGUCACACUGGGGUAGGGACCCUCCCCCUACCUCCCCCCAUCCAGAGAUACCUGCUACUGGAACCUGAGGGGACCUUCUAUUGA